UAUUUAUGAGUCUGUGUGGGUGUGUGUGUGAGCCUCUCUCUCUCUUUCUCUCCUCCUCUCUCUCUCUCUGUCUCUCUCUGUCUCUCUCUUCCUGGUGCGCAUACGGCUUUGAAGUGUAACCAACAACUGCUAUCCCGGAGUCAGUGCUGGAGCUGAUCUAUGAUAGAGGAUGUACUCCAGGAGCUCCGAGCCGUGCAUUGUUCUCUCUCUCUGGAGCUUGAUUUGAUCCAACAGUGUCCCGGUGCUCUGGAUGGGAGGUCGCUCUGAACUUGCGCUAAGGCCAUUUCUCUAUACACCGGAAAGCGAAAAACAAGGAGGGAUCAGAAGCAAAACUACUUAGACAGUAAACACGAUAUACUAUCGAUGUUAAAUAGACGAUUAGUGUAAGAAAAAGGACGCAUACAGACCGAAGAGAACCGGUUUCCUCAUCUGGAGAUCAAUGGAAGCGAGGAUAAUACCACAUGGAUACAGCCGAUGUCUGCUGGAGCGGGCUGUUGUUGUUGUUGUAUGAUGGCAGGUCGGACAUGCACGUUGUGCCGACUGAAACAGUGUGAAACCACAGAUGGAUGCCCUGUGUAAUGGAGCCAAGAAACCUGAGGGCAGUGAUCCCGUUGUAGACACCCGGCCGCCUCCUGCCAAGCUGGCUCGACUGGAACAAAACGGAGCGGGACCCUCGGCCCAGGAGAGGAGCAGUCCUGUGGCCAAAAACCCCUGCCUGGCCCAGAAACCCGCCGCAGUGAGGCCGCAGAGCAAGAGCUGGCACAGCAAAGGGAGCCUGCUGCCGGUGUUCUGCGUGGUGGAGCACAGGGAAAGCCCUCAGGAGGGAGAGAGGAGAGAAGAACACGCCGAGUUUGUGUUGGUCAAGAGAGAUCUGCUGUUCAACCAGCUGAUAGAGAUGGCCCUGCUGACACUGGGCUACUCACACAGCUCUGCCGCACAGGCCAAAGGUCUGAUCCAGGUGGGCAGGUGGAACCCGGUGCCUCUGUCCUGCGUUACAGAUGCUCCUGAUGCCACAGUGGCUGAUAUGCUGCAGGAUGUUCACCAUGUUAUCACCCUUAAAAUACAGCUGCGCAGUUGUCCCAAAUUGGAGGACUUGCCACCCGAGCAGUGGACUCACUCCACAGUGAGAAAUGCUCUGAAGGAGCUCCUCAAGGACAUGAACCAGAGCUCCCUGGCCAAGGAGUGCCCCCUGUCCCAGAGUAUGAUAUCAUCUAUUGUGAAUAGCACUUACUAUGCAAAUGUCUCAGCUGCCAAGUGUCACGAGUUUGGUCGAUGGUACAAGCACUUCAAGAAGACCAAAUGCUUCAAGGAGAUCGACAGCUUCUCUGACCAGUCCGCACAUAUCACCCUCACCCAGCAGCCAAUCACAAGUAGCCCAGCUGAUCAGAGCUCCACCCUUUUUUUCUCUCAUGGAGAAGUAGCCAACAUAUGUGGCCAUCCCCCCCUCGGCCUGCGCCCCCCCGGGUUGGUAGCCCAGCCUCUCAGCUCCCAAAUGGUCAACCAGCAGCUGGUGAUGGCCCAGUUUCUUAACCAGCAGUAUGCUGUCAGCCGCAUGCUAGCUGGCCAGGGUCUCUCACCGGCCCCGCAGCAGUAUCUCAACCACCCGCCUGUAGGGAUGGCUCCCCCCGCCAUGGUCUUCUCCAAAGCCCCCGAUUCCCAACCCCCGCAGCAGACACAGUGUGGCCCAGUGGGAGGCCCCGUAGCAGGGCCACAAACCCAGACACUGGCUGGGUCUUCUGUGGGGCCAAACGACGUGGCGAAUGACAUCUACCACUGUGUGAGGGAGGAACUGAAGAGAGCAGGCAUCUCCCAAGCCAUCUUUGCCCGGGUGGCCUUUAACAGAACCCAGGGCCUGCUGUCAGAGAUCCUGCGGAAGGAGGAGGACCCUAAACACGCCUCCCAGUCUUUGCUGGUCAACCUGCGGGCCAUGUACGGAUUCCUGCAGCUGCCCGAGGUUGAGAGGGAGCGCAUCUACCUGGAGGAGAAAGACCGAAGCCUGACUGGAUUCAUCCCAAGCUGCAAUAACACGCCACCGAGAUCCACACAGGCGAGACUGUCCCCAGUUGCAGGAGACAGAGGGUGCAGGACAGACAGUUGUGUUCUCAAUGUCAGCUCUUCAAUCUACGAGGACAUUCAGCACGAGAUGAAGAGAGCCAAGGUGUCCCAGGCUCUGUUUGCAAAGGUGGCUGCCUCCAAGAGUCAGGGCUGGCUGUGUGAGCUGCUGCGUUGGAGGGAGGAUCCCAACCCAGAGAACCGGACCCUGUGGGAGAAUCUGUGCAUGAUCCGCCGGUUCCUCAGCUUGUGCCAGACUGAACGAGACGCCAUCUAUGAACAGGAGAGCAGCAACAUGACGGCACAGCAGCACAGCGCUGACCGGCUUACACUGCUCAGCAACGACAAUACACUGUACCAACGCAACUCUCCGCUGCCACAGCAACACCAUCUUCAACCCCAUCAACCCCUGCAGCCGGAGGCGGGACCCCACCUGUCUCCACGGCAACCAUGUGCUGCAUCGCCGGCCGAGUCUGAGGCGGGAGGCAACUGGGGGCACAUGAGAGUCCGUCUGCAGGGCCGGGGCAGUGUUAAUGAUGAGAGAGUGGACAGUAAGGACUGGGUUGAGGGGGGGCAGGGAGAGAGGAGCAGUUUUGGAGGGGACUGGGGUUGUACUGGUAGUUUUAGGGAAACAGAUAUAGAAAGCAAGGAGCAGGUGAUGGACAGAAAUGUGGGUGAGGAAGGGAUUAAUGAGAUCCCUGGAGACAGCAAAGAGGAGAAGGAGAAGCUCACUAUGAAAUGGCCCAAUGUGAAGGACGAGGAGCGAGGCGGGCCUGAGGUUUGUUCAGAGGCAGAUAAUGAGGUCAAAGGUGCAGAUGAGGUCCAAGGUGAGGGGUUAAGAGUGUCCCACGAAGCACUGGGAAUCCUGCAGAGCUUCAUUCAGGACGUGGGCCUCAACCCAGACGAGGAGGCCGUCCACACCCUCUCGGCUCAGCUGGGUCUGCCCAAACACACCAUCCGAAGAUUCUUCAACAGCCAGGACCAUCAACACGACAGCCAGAGCCCCAAACCGAGUCGAGACAACCAGCACGGCUGCACGGACCCAAACCUCACUCAGACAGACAUAACUGUAGAGGAACAGGAGGAGGAAGAUGAUGGAAGGACUGAAACAGAACAAAAGGAGGUGGAAGAAGAGAAGCAAACAGGGGGGAACGAAGAAAUUACUGUUUUCGAAGAAUCUGAAGUUGGCACUCAAACCAUUAUCCCUAUGAAGGAGGAGCAGGAGAGCUACAUCUAACCCAAACCCAUGCAGUGACAUAUCAGUACUGACUGACAGUGUUUCGGUAUUGGAGUGUUGUGUAGGUGGGUGUCCUUAAAUGCUGGGGAAAAACUAAAAGCUGACUUAUUGUACAUGUUUACCCAGACAAUACACCUACAUUAGAAAGCUUACAAAUCUCUCCUACGAUUUGAGCAUCCCUGCUGCACUCGAGACAGAACAUAACUGUGACUAUAUGUGCAGAUAAUGUUACAACACAUUGUUUCUGUGUAGAUAUUCUGUAUGUAUUUGGGUGAAUGGGACCCAGUAUAAAGAGCCUCAGAUUACAUAUCACUGUUAAACAGGAGUAAUUAUAGUUGGUUGACUGAUCUAAAGUUGGAGAAAUGUUCACGCCAGAAAUGCCUUGUAGAAAGUGGCACUGCCAGUCUGUUUUUUAAAAAUGAUCUCCAUUGUUUUUGUUUGUUUUUUAAUAGUGCUUUGUGUUUUGGAUCAGUCAUUUAAAAACUGUUUCCUUCAGGAAUCUCACUGUUAUUGUAUCUUACAUUGUUGUUGUUUGUCACAUUGUAUUAAUCAAGUUUCCUGAUUCUGUUUUAAAAGAAAUAAUAGUCGAAUUUAUAAACGGCAUAUAGCAUUUGGAAUAAACCAUUUCAUAAUUUACAGGGCUAGGGCUGACCCGAAUGCUUCGACCGUUACCAUGGUAAUCAAGCUCCAAAUCAGUAUUCGAAUGUUUUGUUUUUUUAAUGUAAUAAUAAUGUAUAAAUCCCCAAAUAGCCCAUAAAAUAAGGAAUAAUCUGACAUUAUUAUUCAUUAUUCGUAUUCAACAUUAAUUAUUAUUAGUUAUUCUCAGACAGAUAUUGCUGUUUGUUGUGCGUAGAGGAGCUUGUGUGUACAGUAGUACGGCAGCGGCACUGUAACAGCGGAGAUAGAGACAGACAGAAGAACAUGUCAGCCUGCCGCGCCUCAAAGCUUUGAAUACCUUCGAAUAUUUUUUCAUCGAAGCUUCGAAGCCCCAAAAAUGGUAUUCGGGACAGCCCUAGACAGGGCCUCCUCUGCAGUCUUACUGCAGUGUGUAAUGACUCAUUAGGUGAGUUACCAAGCUGAUCAAUAUGAACAUCUAUAAUGUCUCUACUGCAGAUGAGUCCAUUUUUGUUCCUAUUUCUCAACAGUAAUCACAACAUUUCGUUGAGAUUUAAUUUGCUCCUGAACACAUCACAGUUUACAUACAGUGUUUCUAUUGAUGCAUGAAUCUAUAAAUCUGUCUCCUCAAAUAGCUAUAUGCUAUUUUGGGAAUUGUUAUGUUUACACAUCUUGUGGUUGUCAUAUUGUACUGAUUUACAUACUUGUAGCAGAGGCACGGAGCGUUGCACAAUGUUUAAUGUUUCUUCAUGAAAGACAGAUUGUGGACUAGAAAUAUAAGACUGAAGCCGUGCAGCGUGUACAUGAAAUGUUCAAAUUAAAUGAUAGCACUUUCAGACUCA